CGAGUCUAUCGACCGACUUGAGAGCCAACUUCCGGGAACAUGCUGUAAAGAAAAAUGUUACAAUAUUUGUCUUGAAAAUUACUAUUAUAUCUGUAAAUUAGAAAAGAGGGAUUCAAAAUGUCGAAUCAAAGUGUGAAGAAGUUAAGUGAUGACUAUUUAUCUAAACAACCUGAUGAAGUUUUUGACAUCAUGUGUAAAAUUGGUCGAGGCUGUAGAUUAAAGAGACUUAGUGAAGAAAGUUUGACACGACCCCCGGAAGAAGUUUUUGAAAUCGUAGGCAAACUGGGAGAAGGGUCAUAUGGCAGUGUGUUCAAGGCACGAUAUAAAGAAGCAGAUGAGUUUGAUGAAGAUCAGUAUCUGGCCAUUAAACAGGUUCCUGUUGAUACAGAUUUACAAGAAAUUAUCAAAGAAAUAUCCAUAAUGCAACAGUGUGAUAGCCCCUUUAUUGUUAAAUAUUAUGGAAGUUAUUUCAAAAACACAGAUUUAUGGAUUGUGAUGGAAUAUUGUGGAGCUGGAUCACUAUCAGAUAUAAUGAGACUUCGAAAUAAAACGUUAAAUGAGACAGAGAUUGCAACUGUUUUAUCGUACACAUUAAAAGGUCUAGAUUAUCUUCACUCUAGACGUAAAAUACACAGAGAUAUAAAAGCUGGCAAUAUAUUACUUAAUUCCGACGGUCACGCUAAAUUAGCAGAUUUUGGUGUAGCAGGACAGCUGACAGAUACAAUGGCAAAGAGAAAUACUGUGAUUGGAACUCCAUAUUGGAUGGCACCAGAAGUUAUUCAAGAAAUUGGUUAUGAUUGUGUGGCUGAUAUCUGGAGUUUAGGUAUAACAGCAUUAGAAAUGGCUGAAGGGAAGCCACCUUAUGGUGAUAUUCAUCCAAUGAGGGCAAUAUUUAUGAUUCCAACCAAACCACCUCCAUCUUUCCGUAAUCCUGACAAAUGGUCUCCAGAGUUUAUAGAUUUUGUUAGUAAAUGUUUGAUCAAGAAUCCAGAACAACGAGCUACAGCUAAAGAAUUAUUAGAGCAUGAGUUUAUAACACAAUCAGAGUCAUGUGCUGUUCUACAGAAAAUGAUAAAAGAAGCCCAUGAAAUACAGAAGAAUAAUAGUUUACAUCAUAUGUCUAAUGGAGAUGAUUCUGAUGAUGAUGUAGAGAAUGAUAGUGGUACAAUGGUUAAAAAUACAGAUCAUGUUGAUGGUACAAUGAAAGCUACAGACUCAGAUACAUUAAAGGAUGGUACCGCAGGUAGUGUGAUAGUCAAUAGUGAAGCUAAUACAUUAAAUUCCGAGUUUGGUACUAUGGUGAUAAAUGAGGACCCUGAAGAAGAUGAUAGUACUAUGAAACGUCAUGAUACAAGUACAGCAGGAAAAGAAAAAUACCGACCAGCAUAUCUCGAUCAUUUUGAAAAGGAGGAAAAAGAGAGAGCAAAAAAUCAAAAGCCGUCAGAAACAUCUACCCCAGCCGCCCCUGCUCAACAACCAGCCAAAACACAACCCAGCACUACGUCCACCUCAUCACAACCUAAACAGAUCACUCCACCCCACCACUUUCAGAGAUGUCUCUAUGAUGGAGAUUUUGAAUUUUUAAGGAAUAUGCCAUAUGAAGAAUUAGAAGCGAGAUUGGCCGACCUUGAUCCAGAAAUGGAAAGGGAGAUCGAAGAGUUACGUUGUAGAUAUCAAGCCAAACGACAACCUAUUCUAGAAGCUAUUGACGCAAAGAAAAAGCGGCAACAGAAUUUCUAGAAGACAUUAUUUUAAUUUUUUAUUCAAGUGGGAAAACUAUCUAUAAAAUGUUUUUCCUAUCUUGAAAAUGUCAUUCAGUCAUAGUCUUGAAGCCUUGAUUUUGAAACUUUUAUAGGACAGCCAUUUAUGAGAAUACUGACAGUAUCUGAAAUCUGAUAGUUUUUACACACACAUCAGUCGAUGAUAUCCCUGUGUUGGUUUUUCAAUAGUUAGUAUACCACCUGCCACCAUUUUCUGAAUCUAACUGUUAAGAUUCACAUAACCAGUCACUAAAACUUAAAUUAUAUAAACUGUCCAAAUCUGGAUGUAUGAGACUACUAUCCUAGAUAUCUCAGUAGUCAUAUUGUUACCAGAUAUAAAUGACGUAGACUAACCUCAGAGUGUAUGUUUUGUUUUUCUAGAAUAGCAAAGGCAAAAUUUUGAGGUACUAUACUCCAGUUUUCACUUUUUAACCAACUGAUGAAGGAGUUAAACCUCUUUGAUUGAGGCCAAAGUAAUGUAUUGAAUUGGGUUGAUCAGAUUUUGAUACAGUAAUGUGGGAAAGUCGGUGUGUUUUCUAGAUUUUGUUUUAUUUUUGACUUACGGUUUCGAUUUAGGAACACAUAUCAGUUGUAUCUCAACAAUUGCUUAAUUUGCUGGAAUAUCAUCCCUCAAAACAAAUCAACAUAAAAAUCCAGUAAAAUCAGGAAUUUUAUUUUUCACCCAAAUCAAAGAGGAAGUGUCAAUUUUAUUUUAGUUGAAUGUGCAUUACAUAUUAUUUAAAAGACAUUGAACUGGAAAGACAUAAAAUUAUUUAUUUAUUUAUUUUCUAUUGCCUAAGCAGAAAAUGAUAAGGACAUUUGAUGUUAUAUUGGUUUAGGUUUUCUUAGUUAUUUCUCUUUUUAGGUGCUGGAUACUUAUGCUGAAAAGACUUUUUUUUUCUUAAUUAAAGUUUUAAGAUAGUGCACUUGUUAAUCAUCUCUUUUUGCAUAAUUUCUAAUUUGUCUUAAUGUUGAUUUUUUUAUGCUUACAUUUUUAUUUGUCUCAGAAAUUUAAUUUUCUAUGUAUAUUGAGUAUGUGUAUUGUAAGAAUAUUGCAUUGAGUGUGGACAAAAGAUUUUCUGGUAUUAUAGAAUAAAAUGAAAAGCUCUUUUUCUUAAAAUUGAAUAAAAAUACAUUUCGUUUCAGUUUAAAAUUUGGGUCCUCAAUAAAAAGGAUAUGACUUAAUAUAUUGGUCAAACUAUCCCGACAUUGCUUCAGGAAGGGUUUUACACUAAUGUGAUAAACAUGUUUUACUGGACAGCUUUUGUUUGUCAUUGAUUUUUUUUGUUGUUCAAUGAUAGAUAAUUGAAUAAGCUGUGAUGUACAUGUGAAAUUAUUAGUGACUGAUACCUUUCAUUUUGUGGUUAUUUUUUCUGGCAGAGUUAAUAUGCCGGUUUUGUUGUUUAUGGAACCUAGAGCUAUAGCUGUGUAAGAAUAUACCUAUUGGCAUCCUGGGGUAUCCUGAUUCUCUGAAAUGUUUUUUUUUACAUUGAGUUCAGAGUUAGGUAGCUCGUUUUCGAAACUGUCUGAAACAAAGCUGCCUAGACCACCUUAAACUGUCUGAGUAUACUUUCCUUAAAUAGCUCACAGCUGUUCAUAUAACUCAGCAGUUUGAUGUGCUGGAGGAAGCAGUAGUUUCAAGCAGUCCAAGUGCUGAGGAUAAAUCAUUAUCUCAAAACGGAAAUAUCUACAUGACCUGUGACACUGUAUGCACAUUUAAUGCUUUUUCAUUCUAACCAAUAUUUAUUGUAGUCAAAAAUGAGGCCUUCUGUACUGAAGCAAUCAAGACUGUUUUUAAAUGAUGAAUUUAUUUCAUUUUUUGUUUGUGUUUUUUUUUAUUUUUCAAAUGCUGAAUUUGUGUUUAUAACUUUAUCAACUAAAAUUAUCCCCCUUUAGUCUGCAUUAGUAAUGAAAUAGGAUUUGUUUCAAUACUGGUUUAUGUUGAUUUGUGUGCCCUAAAGUCAUAUUUCUUUCUAAUAAUAAAUUGACCAAUCCAUUAAAUAUUAAAUUUAUUUGUGGUUUUCCUAAAUAAAUCCCUGAUCAAAUCUCUAAGAUUUAUGUUAAUAUUUUGAUAAGGACAUUAUACUGACAAGAUAACAGUACAUGUAGUGUAUUCCUGAGAAAACUAGACAAAAUUUAAUAUUAGAGAAGGAGUAAUCCUUAAAGCUUGAAUUGGAUGCAUCUUAUAACUCGGGUUAUUUUUCAGAAUUCGUUAUCUUAUAAUAAGCACUGUGGUUAAAACAGAACUAUGUAUAUUAUUUUAUUCACUGCCUGGAGAAUACUCCAAUAUUUUUGAUAUCUGGACUACUCUCAUAAAACUAAAAUGAAAUGGAAAUAAAAAAAAAAUUAUAAUUCAUAAAUCCAAUAUGGCGACAAUCUUUUUAAAAAAAAAAUUAUUUUGGCUUAGUUUUGUAACAAGAGUCCAACCGUAAGCUCAGACACAGAGUUUCACAGUUAAUUAAGGUCUGUCUUAUAUUACCUGAUAGACUUGCUACUGCUCAUAUACCGAGGGAUACAAGAAUGUAUAGUUUUAAGAGUUAUAAUAGAAAUAUUAAUGUAUUUAAAUGUCCAAAGAUAAUGUUGUAGAUACUAGAACGAGUGUAAAUUGUUUGUAUAUAUUGUGUAAAUAUAUUGUAUAUCAGACCAUCAUGAAAUAUAAGUUAAAACUAACCCUUCAAAACUACAUUUUAAUUACCAUUAGAUGUUUAUUUCAAAACUAGACCCACAGUGAAUCUUUAAUCAUUUCGAUUACAGGAAAGGAUGAUUUUUGGGUGCCUCCGUAAUCCAGGAAUUGUUAUGCAUAUGAAUCUUCAUUUUUAUGAUUGGUUGUCUGUUUGACAGAAUGCAUAGCAAUGUUCCAUGGACUAGCUACACACAUGCACCUUCUUGAAUUUUAGUGAAAUUUUUUUUUAUUUAUCCUCGUCAUAAGACAAUCAAAAUAAAAAUUUACACUAAAAUAAUUUUUAUUGGCUCUAAUAUAUAACCUUUAAUUUAGAAUAAUCUUCUAUUAUAUUUGAUAGAGCCAUUACACAUAACUUCUGUGAAGAUGGAGGCUCUCCCAUGUUUUUUAAUUAAAUUUGAUAAGUGAAUUUUUGAAAGUGAAUGUUAGACUUAUGGAAGGAUUAGUUUUAAUUAUAUUGUAAUUAAGAUGUAUAAUGAGUGAAAGGAAUGUUAUUAAUUAUUUUAAUUAUUAAUAAUAAUAAUAAAACAACAUGUAUAUAUACAAUAAAAUAAAUAAAAAAAGAAUUUUUAUAACACUGAUUAUUUCAUUGCUUAUUUUAUACCUGCAAGGUUUUUAAACUAUUCUAAAGGAACACUUUCAUUUGUGUUAAGCAGGGUUGGUCAGUGAUGUUUUACUCUGGAUCUGGAGGAUUUGUCAUCAAUAUGAUUACUUUGGUUUUGAUAUCACAUGUUCCGAGAUCUUCCUUAGUGUGCCGUGAAAUUUUGAACGGCAGGCUAAGAAAAUUUCUCACUAAAGAAGCCAGCUUUUUGACUGAUGAAAUUCGAAACACUGCAGUAAAGUACAAGCGUAAGUUCA